AACAUGAGACAGCCCACACCUGAUAAGGCUGAUUAACCUGCUCUACAAGUUAAUCACCUGAAUGGCAAAUAGUGAGAGGCAGGGAUAAACUGCCAACAGAGAAAACAUGAAGGUGAGAGACAGUACAUGAAAUGGAAUAUAGCACGAAAUAGUCUACCAAGAGAUAUUUAAAUUGGCUUACCGAGAAAAUAAUCAGCGCUCGAAAGACACCUAGGAAACGAGCAAGGAGAGCCUAUAUUGACUGAAACUGUACAUAGGUCACAUGCAUGUUUGCUUUGAUUAAACUAUGUCAGUUUACGACCUUUACAGAUAACACGGUCAGCAGUACAGAUUGCCACAAUGAACUAACCAGAGGCUGACAAUUCUUAGAAGCUUUAGGACUACCUCAAAAAUAAGAACUCUAUCAGUGAUUGUUAACAAGGAAGCCUCAUGCUCGGAGACCACCAAAAUGGGUUUGGAAGAAACCAUUCUUAUGCUCCUGAUUGCGAAAAAUGCUAUCAACUUCCUGCCAUUCUGCUUUUUGAAACACAUGCAUAAUCAGACUAUGAUUACUUCAACGCUGAUCCUGAUGUUCACAGAUACAGUCAUAGCAGGUUACUUGCUCUUUGUCUGGUUUACAGGAUGGCCACUGUCUAAUGGGUUUGAACUGGUGUCCCUGAGAUUCCUUUGCUUUCUGAAUGAGACAUACUGGUGUGUCUCCCUGCUUCUCCCGUGGGCAUCCAUCAAUGAAGAAUUGGUUCACAUGUACUUACACAGAUGGGGGAAUCUUGCUGGAAGUGCACAAACUCUCUUUCUGCAAGCUUGUCUUAUUAGUCUGACAAGUUGGCUGGUUGCAGCCUCCUAUGGAUUUAAUUGUUUCAGAGGUUUAUCUUUCAAGGUAGCAGAAUGUGACCUUCAGAUCUGGCGCUGUCUCUUCACAUACCUCCACGAGGCACCAAACUUUAACUUGCUCAUCCCAUUCACUGGUGUGGUACUUGGUGGCACACUGUCCUACACCAUUUUUGUAUACAACCAUUAUGCCCCAUUUAAAGUAGAAAUUGGAGAAAAACAUUACAAAUUAUCUAUGAAAGCUCUGCUGUUCAGCAUAGUGGUUGUAGGCUCUUUCUGGGUUCUCCCGCCAGUUUUAGCAGUUAGCUCACUUUCUACACUGUCACUGGACACCCUGAUUGGCAUAUUUAGAAUCCAUAAUCUAGAACAACUGAGCACAGUCCACACUGAGACUAUUAAUGAAAGUAAGGACCUGGAAAACUAUCAGAUACAGACACAUGCUGUGCAAAUAACAAAAAACAACAAGUGGGAAGAGCCUUGGACUCUGCAAAUAAUCUAAAGAUUAAACAUUAUCCAGGUGAUUACAAGUUAAAAAAAAAAAAAAAAAGACCAGAAACAAAGGACAAUAUGGACACAGGCUAACCUGACAGUAGGACUUAAUAAAAUGUUUGGAAGUGUGCAGAUAGUAUGAGACCGUGACCAUCACAGCUGAGAGAGGUAUGAUAGAAUAGAGGAAAAAGAGAGUGGAAGAGAUGAUAAAUAAAAUAUAGAAGCAACUAUAUAAAUUGAUCAGUAGGUUAUGACAAGAUCAUGACAAAGGCCGUUGUAGCGGUCAAAGCGUAGCUGCUGUGUUCACGCUGGGUACUG